ACUUCAGUGCUGUUAGGCUAGAUCUGUUCACAUUCAUCGAUGUUCCAGGAGGUGAAUCAGAUGUGCUCAAUGAAGAAAACAUCUGCUGACAAAGCACUGCAGCAGAAGUGCCAGUCAGUGGUGCAAUAAAUCCUCCUAGUUUUAUUUAUAUAUUUAUUUGUUAUUUAGUCAAACAGACUUUUUUCAAUGAGUAGGAUUGCAGUGUCUUUUAUGUGAUUAAAAAUAAAUGUAAGGUUGUCACGAUGUUUUAUUAUCUAAUACUUUUAGACACGGUAUGGUUAGAUACCAACUCUGCAAUUUAAUGACUGGUUUUAUCUAAAAGUACCAAAUACUACAGCUCUUAAGACAUUUUAACCAAACGCUCUGGAGAGCAAAAGAGGGAAACAGAAAGAGAGAAUACUCUCCUUAUUUUACCUAAAAAGUUGGAAACAUUUGUUUGUGCAAUACCUGGUAAUUACAAACAAGAAAUUCCCUAAUAUUUGGCACCAAGGACCUUAUUUCUUUGCCACGUUAACAAACCCCAUAUAUACAUUGUUUGAUUGCUAGAAUUCCUCACUAUAAGCACUUAUACAGUAUGCCAUAUGGUGCAUCAAACUUGGAUUUAUCUUUUAGUCGUUAUUAUUGUUGCAUGGCUAAACACCUUCUGUAGUUCCUCAACUUCUUGCAGCAUCUCACAGAGUUAUGAUGAGGACUUAGUGGGGGCAGGAGGUCCUCCUCCAGGGUCAUAGGCUUUGCUGGACUGUGUAGAGUCAGAGUAGAGGGGUUGUACAGGUUUAAAGGUUAGUGCACUGACAUGAGUGAAGGAAAGAAGUGUGCCUUAUGUUGGAUGUGACCUCUAGCCACUGGUGGACCUGCAUCCUGUGUGUGCCUUUGCUGCGUGUUUUGCUUACAUUUCUCACCUCUCUGUCAGUUCAGACUCAGGCAGUGUCUGAAUCUCUAAUGCUGAGUUAAAAUUUUCAAGAACACUUACAUACAACAGGCUAACAGGGAAGACAAAUACUUAUUAAUAAAGAUAACAAGUUCAUAAAGAAUAUAGUCCAAGCUGUUUACAAAGAAAAGUCGCCUCAUAUUUCUACUUUCCUCUUCUUAACUCUCACACACUUUGUCACAUGAUCUCUCUGCCCUGUUUGAGUUUGAGAGCGAGCAGCUCACUGGCUCACUCUGACCAAUCAGAAGAGUGAGUCAGAGAGGAAACUGGAGUAUUAUAUGCCUCUGUGUGUCACUGGUGAAUUUCAUAUUGAAGCACACCGCACUCUUAAAGAGGCAGGACCCCUGUAGCUAAAUCAGGAGCCCAGUUUCUCGUUGAUAUACUGCAGAUGUUUUCACUCUGCUCCUGGAGUUGUUUCAGUGUGUGGAUGAAUAGCUGAGCUCUGCCUACGUGACUCGGGCGACUGCUUACGGGAGCAGAUGCAGUUCAUGAUGAGGUCACUGCAGGACCUGAAACAACUGCGGCGAACCUGCCCUGCAGCCAGACACCCCCUUGCUCCCAUCAGCACCCAGCUCCCGGCUUUGGUGCGACACUCUGCGUUGGCACGUACUUGUCAACAGCGGGCACUGCAGAGAGAACAGCGAACACGACUGCGAAUAUCUGACGCCAGCACAGCCAGCACCUACGACUCGGCAUGCUGCCUUUCGAGUCCUCUGGAGGAAGAGGAUGAAGACGAGGAUGAAGAGUCCAGCAGCCGGCUGGGUCUGAGCCUCAGAUUGAGUUUGGGUUCUCCCAGCAGCAGGAAAAGUUUGGACUUGGAUUCGGGCUACUCUGAGGCAUCCUGGCAGGAUGAAGGGGUGGUUCUGAGGAGGACGAGGAAUGUGAGGGUGUCAUCAUCAGCCUGUCUCCGCACAAACAGAGCACCCAGCGGACGUAUUCGGCCUAAAUCUACCUCUGACGCCUGUUUAGAGAGCUGGACUUCAUUUGAAGUCACUGACCCAGAGGACUGGACAAACUCUUUGCUCACCAGAGGAAGAAACCGCCAACCACUGGUCUUAGGAGAUAACAGCUUUGCUGAUCUAAUACAGAACUGGAUGGACCUACCAGACUGCCCCGAACCUGCAGAGCUGAAGCCAGACCCAAGAUGUAAAAUGGGCAGAGGUUUCUUUAUGAACAUGAGGAGGAAACUGGCUGGGUUUUCAAAGAGUGUAGAGGACAGAGUGAGGAUGAGAUCUACAGACUCUGCUCGUGUUAACAGGGCUGCAAAUGCUCCAAAACGCUUGUCCUGUCCGAUCGUCGCAUCACAGCCUAAAGUGCCUUUUUUUCACCAGUCUCACUCAGGCAUCAAUGAGCUGGACUCAGACUUUUACCACUUUGCUGCCCUAAUGAAGUCAGGCAGUCGACAGCCAAUCAUCUGCAAAGACAUCAUCGGCUACAUCUGACAGUUUCAUUUAAAGCCAUGUAUAGAUCGGACAAUCAUCAGAGUCACUUUAUUUUUAUAUGACUGUAACAUUUCACUUUUAAAUGCUGUUAUGAAGCCAAUGAAAAUAAAGAUGUUUU